GGCGUUAGGAAUCUUUAGUAGGAUAUGCGCGCUCAGUCGGUGUCCACCAGAGAGGAGAAAAUGUCCGUUUUGAGUGAAAACGACAGGGCCGUUCUUAAUUCCAUUUUCAACCCUUUGCUUCCCCUUGGAGAAGGAGUUUACUCGGAGGAUUUAACGGAACUUGUUGAAGAUGUAGAAUCUGAAAACUCGGAUCCUGAAGUGAAGGAGUUGGAAAAGCAAGGGGUCCUGAAAGCAGAAGAAGGAAAAUUCCUCGAAGCAGUCGAUAUAUUUUCACAAGUCAUUUUGAAAGCGCAGACAGCCUCUGCUUAUAACAACAGAGCACAGGCGUACAGGCUGCUUGGCAAAGAUAAAGAGGCGAUGGAUGAUUUGAACAAAUCUUUAGAAAUUUGUCAAAGCAAAGGGAGAUCUGGAUGCAACGCUCUCUGUCAGAGAGGUCUAUUGCAUAGGAAAUGUUCUAGGAUCGAACAGGCGAAAAGGGACUUUGAGGCAGCCAGCCGGCUAGGAAGUCAUUUUGCAAAGCAGCAGCUGGUCGAAAUGAAUCCAUACGCUGCAAUGUGCAACCAAAUGUUGAACGAAAUGAUGUCCAAGCUUUCCAGGGCCGAGAUGGUCCAUAACGGACACGGAAACUAAUUUUCAUACAAAGGCUGUCAAUUAAAUUAUUCAUCAAAACAAAAUACUUUGUUAGAUAUUAUUUGUGAUAUUCUUUAAGAAAUAAAACUGACAUAAAAUUUA